AGAGAGAGAGAGAGAGAGGCGUCUGGGAGGAAGGAAGACAGAGAGAGGGAGAGAGAGAGAGGGGAGAGGGACAGAGAGUAACAGAGGAACGGCUGGAACAGAGAGGGCAGGCUCUUUGAUUCACCAGGGACACAUGUGCGUUGCUACGCCGACCCAACAGCUCCGUCUCUGGAGUUGAAGGACAACACCGCAGCACUGACGUCUGGCUGUCAAUGAGAAGACGGGGAGGAAUUUACACUACAAGCACCACUGCUGCUGCUGCUGCUGCUGCUGCUUACACCUCGCUCACCUCUGGUUGCACCAUCAGGAGCUCAUGGUGCACAUUUGGAGCUUGGUACUGCUUCAUUAUGGGUUACAAAACAAGAUCCAUGCAUUCUCUCUUUCGGUGUCUGUGCUUCAUGCUCCUCCAUUUGCUUAGCACAGCACAAGAUGAAGACUUAAGAAGUUGUAGAACGGCUCCUUGUGACUUGGUUUUUAUCCUAGAUGGUUCAUGGAGUGUGGAAGACGUGAACUUUGACAUAGUCAAGCGAUGGCUGGUCAACAUCACCACCAGCUUCAACAUCGGCCAGAAGUUUGUGCAGGUGGGGGUGGUCCAGUACAGCGACCAUCCCGUCCUCCAGAUCCCCCUGGGGAAGCACUUAUCCAACAAGGAGGUCAUCACGGCCAUGGAGUCCAUCGAGUACAUGGGCGGCAACACCAAUACAGGAACUGCCAUCCAGUUCGCCACAGACAAACUGUUCGGUCUGUCGGAGCGCGGGCCGAGGGGCAUCGCCCGCAUCGCCGUGGUCCUCACCGACGGGAGGUCCCAGGACACGGUGCUGCAGGCUGCCGAGGCGGCGAGGAAGAAGGGAAUCAUCCUCUUCGCCAUCGGCGUGGGGUCGGAGACGGAGGUGUCUGAGCUGCGGGACAUCGCCAACAAGCCCUCGUCCACCUACGUGUUCUCAGUGGUGGACUACAAAGCAAUCAACAAGAUCCGCGAGGUCAUUCGCCAGAAGCUGUGCGAAGAGACCGUGUGUCCGAACCGAAUAGCGAUCGAUUCCCGCGAGGAGAAGGGCUUCGACCUCCUGCUACAUUUGAACUUGGCCAAAAAGACCCGAAAGACACAGGGGUCGUUUUACGGGACUCGAGCCUAUGAAGUAACAUCUCGUGUUGAUCUGAGUGACUCAACAAGGUCCCUGUUCCCCGACGGCCUACCGCCCUCCUACGUCUUCGUUUCCACCCUUAAGUACGAGGGCUCCGUGACCAUGGAGGAGUGGGAUCUGUGGCGGGUGCAGACAAAGGACGACAAACCUCAGAUGGCUGUGACGCUGAACGGAGCGGACUACACGGUGGCGUUCACCACCACCAGCGAGGCACCCAGUGGCAUCCAGACCGUGACGUUCUCGCCAAAGACCGCCAGGGUCCUGUUUGAUGAGAGGUGGCACCAGCUCAGACUUCUGGUGACUGAGGAUGAUGUGACGCUGUACGUGGACGACCUGGAAGUGGAGACGCUGCCCUUGGAUCCCCCUGUUGGGAUCUUUAUAAACGGGAAAACCCAAGUGGGGAAGUAUGUCAGCAAAGAAACCACCGUACCGUUCGAGAUUCAGAAGCUCCGCAUCUACUGUGAUCCCGAGCAGAACACCAGAGAAACCGCUUGUGAAAUACCUGGAAUCUGUGCCAACAGUCCUGAUUACUCCGACCCCACCCCAGAGCCAUGUGCCUGUCCCCCGGGACCCAGUGGACUGCCUGGCAUGAAGGGAGAGCAAGGGGGCUCUGGAGAGCCUGGUAAAACAGGACCAGCUGGUGCUGAGGGUAAGCCUGGUGUUCCGGGUCCCAGAGGACAUCCUGGGCCAACGGGUCCAUCGGGAAAAGAGGGCCCACGGGGGUCUGAUGGGUUCAAGGGGGAGCUAGGGCCGGCCGGUGCAAUGGGAGAGAGAGGCCAGCCAGGGAUGUCUGGACAGCUCGGGCCACCAGGGGAAAAGGGCUCACCGGGACUCCUGGGCAGAGCAGGGCUGCCAGGACAAGAUGGAAAAGUGGGGGCUGUGGGCAUCCCUGGACCAACCGGGCCAGCGGGUCACCCGGGAGAGCCGGGUAUACACGGAAGAAAUGGAAUCGACGGGAUUCCGGGGAGGGCCGGACAGAAGGGAGAGGCGGGCGCCAACGGCAUCCCCGGUCUGGACGGACGGGAGGGACACCCAGGAUUACCUGGCCAGACUGGAAUGGCCGGACAAAAUGGACUUAAGGGAGAAGCUGGACCAGCUGGUCCGAGGGGCUUCACAGGAUCAAGUGGCUCACCUGGUCAGAGUGGUUUACAAGGGGAACGAGGUUCUGUUGGACUACCUGGAACCAAGGGGAGCAAGGGAGAGAGCGGAGCACCAGGACCCUUCGGGAAACCGGGCCAGGAGGGGAAAGCGGGGAGUCCGGGACAGGCCGGGGAGCCAGGUCACCCAGGCAUGCCCGGCCUGAUGGGAACGAAGGGCCAACGAGGAAGUACAGGAGAAAGAGGAGGAGAGGGAGGUAAAGGGGAGAGGGGAGAGCAUGGACGACCAGGGGAGCGUGGCUCUGAGGGUUCCAGUGGCCUGAAGGGAGAGAAAGGGACAACUGGAGACCCAGGACAGAGGGGCCCAGGAGGUCAGGACGGCCGACCCGGACAGCCAGGAGCCGUGGGCCCUCCCGGGUCCCGGGGCGUGCCUGGGACCAGCGGCUCUCAGGGGCCCUCGGGACCAGAAGGCCAACCCGGCAGCGAAACCUCAGACCAGCACAUUAGGCAGAUUUGCAGAGCAAUGCUUGAAGCGGAGCUUCCUGUGCUGUUGCUGAGCCAGCAGCAGCCCAGCUGCUCCCGGUGCUACACCCGCCCCGGGUCCCCGGGCCCCCCGGGGCCAGUGGGGGCCGGCGGCCUCAGGGGGUACCCCGGGGUCCCGGGCGCCAGCGGCUCCCCGGGCCGGCGCGGGAUACCCGGACAUCCCGGCAUUCAGGGGAUCAAAGGGGAUCCAGGCUUUAAGGGGGAUACAGGAAACCCAGGAAGAUCAGAGGUUGGAGAUCCAGGGCCACAGGGGCCUCCAGGUCCCAUGGGUCCCCAUGGUUACAGCAAGCAGGGGUCGGCGGGUAAACCGGGCGCCCCCGGCCAGAGCGGGGCCGAGGGUAAGCGAGGACAGCCCGGGCCCCCGGGUCAGAACGGAGCGUGUCACCCGGCGUUGUGCUACGGCAGCAUGUCGAGGCGGGACCCCUUCAGUAAAGGACCCAACUAUUGAGGCCCCCCCCCCCCCACCAUCCCCCCCCCCCCCUAGAUUAGACUAGAUCACAUCAGACCCACGCAGUUGAAACACGUGUCAUCAUUUCCAAUCUCAGGAAGAACUCAUUCUUACAGCGUUUUUUUUUUUGUCUUUUUGUUGUUGCGUCAUGUGGACACGACAUACCUCCUCUGAUAGGCCCACAUGUCAGACAUGACUUCUUCAUCCUCAUCGUCAGCACAGCUUCAUCUUCAAUUUUGUGUGUUAUGUUUUGCUGUAAUUAUCCAGAUAUGCUUACAAUGGAUUUUUCUAGUUUUGGGCUUUCAAGUUUUCACGGUUCUUUCCGUUGCAUAUUUAAGUGCUACCAGCUCACAAGAAUUCGGAUUAACCAUUCGUUUCACUAGGAAGACGUUGGGGUGGUACGUUUUCCCAUGCUGCCCCCUUGUGGUGCUUCUUUGCAUGUUUCAACACGGGGUUAAAACUCAAAGUAAACACUCAACUUAUUUUAAACAUGUUUCUUGCUCAAUAAAAUAUUUUGUGAUAACUUAUCUGAGGAAUCCACAUAUUUCAGGGGGAAAUAUGUGAAUGCUGACUGUACAAAACGCCAAUAUUUUGUAAUAAACCCGGGAAAACAUGACACAUCUGUAAUUUAAUGUCUUGUAAUAGGCUUUUACUUGUGAAUACCUUCAUUAAAAUAGGCUAUCCCCCAAAGAGUAUGUAGGCUGAAAUUUCAGUUGUCUUUGUUAGUCAUUUUUAUUGUAGCAGUUAUUUUAUUGUUAUUUAUGAAAGGAUCUUAAGUGUAUCUUAACAGUGAUAUGUUUAAGCAGCUGUUGUAAAACUUGUGUGACCGUGUGGAUUUUUGAAUGGAUUUUUAAAAAACUAAAUAAAGCUUUUUCUUUAAAGUU